AUGAAACCAGGGUCCCGUCCUCCGGUUAUUUUGCCGUGGGUGGGAUUCGGAACAUACAAACUGGGCAAAACGCAAGCCAUGAGCGCAACUUUACAGGCCCUACAGCAAGGAUAUCGAGGGAUCGAUACGGCUUUUAUCUACGGCGGGGAAACAACAGAGCGUUUGGUCGGGCAAGCGCUCAAUCAAGCUUUCCAGAAAGGUAUUGUUCAUAGUCGAGAAGAAAUCUUUCUCACUACAAAACACUGGCGCAAAUACCACGGAUACGAUUUGACUAUGGAAUGUCUGAGACUCUCACUCAAUCGACUAGACACGUCCUAUCUGGAUCUCUACUUGAUGCAUUGGCCGGGACCGGCUUGGACUACAAUGUGCCGAAACAAGGACGAGCGCGCCGAGACCUGGCGUGCCAUGGAAGAUGCGUAUCGUCAAGGAUUGGUCCGCGCCAUUGGCGUCAGCAACAUGACUGUGCAGCACUUGCGUAAGCUCAAAGAGUCGGCCAGCAUUUGGCCACCGGCUUGCAAUCAAGUGGAAGUUCACCCGUUAUACCCACAAACGGAUCUUUUGGAAUACUGUCAGCGCGAAGGCAUUGUCGUUCAAGCCUACGCUAGUUUAGGCGGACAGGACACUGGAAAUAUCGCGACAUCGGAUCUGCUGCACGCGGAACCCGUCCUUCUCUUGGCCAAAAUACAUUCCGUGACACCAGCCCAAGUCUUGCUCCGUUGGGGUUUGGAAAAGCAAUGCGCAAUGAUUCCAAAAACUACGAAAGUAACGCGUCUCCGGGAGAAUGCAGGCGCCCUUCGAUUUGCACUUUCUAUUUCCGAGGUAGAACAGCUGCAACAA